AUUCCACAGCUGAUACUCUGUGGGAUGAGAGAGGGAUGCUAAGGAAAUGUUUUCCUUCAGCGCGGAAAACGGGCUACCGCAAACCCGAGCAGACAGCAGAAUCUGUGCAGCUGAUGGCCCUCAAACAGACGAGCGCAAAUAAUUCACCUCACUAAAUACACACAGUGAAUGUGAGCCACUGCUGACUGGAGCUGCAAAAGAACAUUUACCAGCUGGUUUAUCCUGUGAUUAGGGUAAAACUGACAGGUUUCUUACAGCUGACAGGUGAUGCCAGUAGACCGGGAUGGACAGAUAUCAUCGCAACAGUUGCAGUAGCUAAAAUGGCACGUUUUAGGAUUGUAAGCUGUUGAAAUAGCAAGUAAACAUCUGCUAACUGCAUCAAUAUAUUUUGAAGACGGACUCCACUUUUGACCUUUAGACCACAUUACACCUACCAUCAAUAUGUUGGGUUAAGAAAGUCUAAAAUAUCUUCAAUCUUUGACGCUGCAGUGAGCUAGUGUAUCCCUGGAAGACCAGCCUGUUUAGUAUUGUUGGACUGUUGAAGAGGCUUUCAUCAAAAUGUUUACCGCUCUGAAGAAGCUGGUGGGCUCUGAAGCAGGGCAGCUCAGGGAUAGAAAUAUUCCUGCAGGCCUGCAAUCCAUGAACCAGAGUUUACAGAGGCGUUUCGCCAAGGGCGUACAGUAUAACAUGAAAAUAGUCAUCCGUGGGGACAGGAACACAGGUAAAAGUGCACUUUGGCACCGGCUUCAAGGAAAAAAGUUUCUGGAAGAGUACAUCCCCACGCAGGAGAUCCAGGUCACAAGUAUUCACUGGAACUACAAAACAACAGAUGAUGUGGUGAAAGUUGAAGUCUGGGAUGUGGUAGAUAAAGCAGGGAAAGGGAAAAGACGUGGAGAGAAUCUGAAAUUGGAAAAUGAACCUCAGGAGUCGGAAACUGAGAUGGCUCUUGACGCAGAGUUCCUGGAUGUUUACAAGAACUGUAAUGGCGUGAUCAUGAUGUUUGACAUCACCAAACAGUGGACAUUCAACUACAUCCUUAGGGAGUUGCCAAAAGUGCCGAACCACAUCCCAGUGUGUGUUCUGGGUAACCAGCGGGACAUGGGCGAGCACAGAGUCAUCUUACCCGACGACAUCAGAGACUUCAUUAACAGUCUGAACAGACCUCCAGGCUCCUCCUACAUCCACUAUGCUGAGUCCUCCAUGAAAAAUGGCUUUGGUCUCAAAUACCUCCAUCGCUUCUUCAACAUCCCAUUCCUGCAGCUGCAGAGGGAGACUCUGUUACGGCAACUGGAGACAAAUCAGCUUGAUAUCGAUGCCACGCUAGAAGAGCUCAGUGUUCAGCAGGAGACCGAGGACCAGAACUAUGACAUAUUUCUGGAGAUGAUGGAGGCACGGAAAGCUUACGGCUCUCCGGCGCCCUCUAAUGGCCAGAGCCCAUCCUCGGGCUCCCAGUCCCCUGUGGUGCUACCCGGUGCCGCCUCUCCCAGUAACUCCAGCCCCAGUACCCCACAGGCCCCUGUACCGCUCCAGACCCAACCCGCCGCUCCACCACCUCCAUCUAUACCACACCCUCCCACCCAGGUCACAGCCGCCCAUGUACCGCAGACACCGUCACAAACCUUGGAGCCCUCGCCCGCGGUGGCAUCGGUACCUACACCCACCCAACCUGCACCUCCUCCUGCCCAGAAACGAGGCUUCAUGUCACGCCUGUUCGGAUCGUCUGCUGCAGAGACGUCACCAGACAAACCAGAAACUACAGGUUCUGAAGGCCCGAAACCCUCUGGAAAGGUGCAGAGUGUAGAUGACUUUGUGCCGGAGAUGGGCCUGGACCGGACCUUUCUAGAAGAUGGUGGAACAGCAGUUAAAUCAAAGAACAAACCUCCGGCAUCAGCUUCCAUCCUGGACAGCGAUAGUGAUGGAGAGGGACGAGGAAAUCCUCUGGUCUCCGGCUUCCAGGAUGAUUUAGAUCCGGAUGACCGAGCGCUGUCCCAGCCUGCCGUUAAAGCCGGCGUCCCGAGCAUGGGCAUCACCCUCACGAGUGACGAAGAGGAGGAAGAUUCAUCUCUACCCUCUGCUGCCCAGCACAAAGGCAUCAGCUCUGGGCCAAAAUCAAAGGGAUCUACAGUGAAUUCUGUCAAACAGCUGCAAACCAAGUCAAAACCAGCAGAGAGACCCCAAAGCCUGAAAACCACAGCAGGACCUGCAGUGCAGCAACAAGGUCUAAAGACAGGAGGCGCUGUUGAGGCAGACUCAGAUUCAGACCACGAAGCUCCAGUCACUCAUCAGAUGCUUUCAUUUGUCAUGGACGACCCUGAUUUUGAAGAUGAAGAGCUUGACAGAUCCAAGAUCAAGAAGGGCACUUUUUCUGCACGAGAUGACUUCUCUGACCGGUCGGAUGAUGGGUUUGUGUUAGCUGGACUCCCGGAGCCCCCCAAACCUGUUGCUCCCUCAUUUAAGACCCUCAACAGUGACAUUGAUCUGUUCGGCCUGGGAUUUGAAGAGGCGACACCUAAGAGUAAAGACAGCAGUGACGACCAGGAAGAUAAUGAAAGCAGACACUCCACAAAGGACAAGAAAAAGAAGAAGAAGAAAAGCAAAGAGGAGGACGAAAAGAGCAGCAAGAAACGACACAAACACAAGAAAAAGGAAAAAGACGAGGUGGCAACAGUAGACGAGAAAGAAAAGAAGAAGAAGAAAUCAUCAAGGACCAAGAAAGCAGGAACUGUGGAUGAUCUUGAGGCCUUCCUGGCGGGUGGAGACGGACCAGGAAACAGUGAGGGUGGAGACUAUGAAGAACUCUAACCAAUCAGGGUUUGACAUCCACGCCGUGUGACAUCGCCAGGUCAUUUUUCAAAUCAUUCCACCUGUUUUUCAGUGCCUGACAUUUUGGAUUUUCACAGCGUUUUUGUUCUUCCAGCAUUGCAGCUUUACAAAUUGGUACGUCGCACCGUUGUUCACCUCAUGCCGUUUUCCAAAGUGUUUCAUACCUAUAACUUUUAGAUGCGUUUAUGAGUAAGUACAGAGACAAAUAUCACCUGCUGCUCAAGUGAUCCAGAAUUUAUUCCGUUAUGAACUGAUACAAACUCAUUAAGAAUUGAAAUUUAUUUUAGCUUUAUUGGUUUUGUUUUGUGUGUCUUUGUCAGUGUGUGUGUAUAUAUGUGUCCCUGAAUGCUUUUGGCAACUUUGUGUGUGCUUGCAUUUUAAUUUAGCAAACAGAGGGAUUAAUCAAACUUGCAUUCAAAUCUGCAUAACAUAUUUGCCCGCAAUACAUGAGCUAAACUAAUUUCUGAAACCAUUACUAAAACCAUUCUCGCAUUGUCCAGUGCAAUUAAUGUAUGAGUAGUUUUCAUAAACAGUUUGCACAGAAAUUCAUUCUGCUUCAUGAAAAAGACCUGAUACGUUGUGGCACUUAUUGUCUUCCAGACACUACAUCAUACAUCAAACCCUGACAAAAAUCAUCAGUCGUAACUAGAUUUAAUUCUAUAAGCCUCUUUCACCAUCGGUUUCUUUCCAUUAAUGCCUUAAAUUGUUUUUCACUUAACAAAAAGCCUUUAUAGAGCAAUCCUAUAAAGUUAAUUAAUGGCUGAGGCUCUGACAGACUGCUAACACUGACAGAAAUACUGCAAGCUCCAGAGACACUUUUGCAGCAAUCGCAAUCACAUUUGCAAUUAAAUAUAUGAUUAUAAUUAUGACAAAAUUAGUCAGAUUGUCUUUAUGACAACUCUUAAUGCAGUUAGUAAACCGGUAUUAUUAUUUAUGAUCUAAAAAUGUGUAUGUUAUAGUUUCAUAAUCAUAGUUUCUGAUUCUGGGUCAAAAAUCUUCCUCUGGUCUGUUUGCGAUAUAAUAUCUUGUAAAUGUACUCAUUUCCUUUGCUGUUUAUCUUUAUUUUUAUUAUGGCUUGUGUAUUUGUUAGUAUCUGUGUGUAGAUCUUACAUUUUAGAUAGUGGAAAACCAGGAACAUCGUCUGUGGUCCUGAUGACGUGGCGCCACGAAUGUCCUUUUCAUGGCGUCCUGUGCAUAAAAAUUAUUACAUUUCUUAUAUUUUACUGAGAGUCCUGUGUUGAAUUACUAAAUGCAACUAAACAGAGGUGAUUUAAAAAUUAUUCAAAUAUUUUCCCUCAUAGUUGUGCUUAACUCGGUGACCUAAAGCAAAUAAAGUUAUGUUUUAGUAAAAGACAUGAAAAAAUAGCCCAUUUAUGUAAAUUUGUAAAAUCUUAGGCACAUAAUAGUGGAAGUAAAAUCAUAUUUUGAAUGCACACAUUUAUACUUUGUAAUAUCACCAUAAAAUUGCAUAAUAUUUUGGCUGCAAAUGAUCCAGUAAUAUUUUGAUGAAUGAAAGUUGUAUAGACAAAUGAUUGUUUACUCAUAAUGGGCGUCAUUCAUGAUCCGACUUCUGAUUGAAAAUGAAAUAACCAUUUACUGUACGCAGACAAUUGAUUUUCAUUGUGUUUCAUGAAUGAAUUCCAGUAUUUACUUCACAAUACCCCCUUUAUGCUUUUGUUUUCGUCAAGUAUUGAUAAAUGAUUACCAAAUAAUUCAGGCGUUCUUACUUCAGUUGUUGCAUCAAAUCUAAUGUUUUAACAGUGAUCAUAAAUGCAUCCCAGUCUUUACUUGCAAUGCCAGCUUUAUGCUUUUUUGAUUUGCUUUUAUCAAGUAUUCAUAAAUGAUUACUAAAAAAUUUCAGACAUUCAAUUGUUGCAUAAUUUACACUACCGGUCAGAAGGUAGUGAAAGAUUUUUUAUGUUUUUUUAAAGUCUCUUCUGCUCACCAAGCCUGCAAUUAUUUGAUUCAAAAUACUGCAAAAGCAGUAAUAUUGUGAAAAAGUUUUUACUAUUUAAAAUAAUUUCUUUCUAUUUUAAUAUAUUUUAUAAUGUAAUUUAUUAGUGUGAUCAAAGCUGAAUUUUCAGUACUCCAGUCACAUGAUCCUUCAGAAAUCAUUCUAAUAUGCUGAUUUGCUGUUCAAGAAACAUUUAUUAUAAUUACUACUACUGUUAUAAUUAUUAUCAAUAUUUGAAACUGUUAAUUACUUUUUUUUUCAGGAUUCUUUGAAUAAAAAGAUUCAAAGACCAGCAUUUAUCUUAAUUAAAACACUUUUGUAACAUUAUACAUUAUACCAUUCAAAAGCUUGGAAUCAGUAUAAUUAUUAUUAUUAUUUAUUUUAUUUAUUUUAUUUUUUUUUUUUGUGGAAAGAAAUUAACUCUUAUUUAGCAAGGACGCUUUAAAUUGGUCAAAUAUGUUGUGAGACAUUUUAUAAUGAUACAAAAGAUUCCUAUUUCAGAUAAAUGCUGUUCUUCUGAACUUUCUAUUCAGGGCCAUUGCCAGAAAAUCUUCAACAUUAUACUUGUAUAACUUGUGUAUAUAUAUAUAUAUAUAUAUAUAUAUAUAUAUAUAUACACAUACAUAUACAUUUCUAGUACAAAUUUAUAUAUACAAAUAAGAAAAUAAAUCAGAAAUUAUAAUGUCAUUCGUUAUAAACAACAUAUAAAAAUCGAACCAAAAAAAUUUAAGAAACAGACAAAUUAUAAAAUAAAACACAAAUUAUAACGACAUUAAUUAUAAACAACAUAUAAAAGUCCAACCAAAAAAAUUUAAGAAACAGACAAAUUAUAAAAUAAAACGCAAAUUAUAAUGGCAAAGAAACAGACAAAUUAUAAAAUACAACAAAUUAUUAUGGUAUUUGUAAUAAACAACAUAAAAUUCUAACUAAAACAAAUUUAAAGAGAAACUGAAAUGCACCAAUACAUCUCUCAUUCUGCACGAAUACAAAUAUUUCCCACGAGAGACUCCGGCGCAGUCGCUUAUAGUAACAACUUACUAUGUUAUUUUUGGUUGUGUAGAUGAGAAUAAGACAUUAUGCGGAAUUGUAAAAGGUUUAGAGCAUGCAGAUGAAACGCGGUAAUGUUGGCUUAUUUUCGGAUGCCUGCUGUUUGGGAACGCAGAUCUGGGAGUUCAUUUUAAUGAAGCACUUAGACGAGACUUUGCUUAAGCAUUUUAGAAUGACAAAACUAGCAUUUCAUAUGCUGCGCAAAGAGAUCGGUUCGUUGGUUAGUCCAGUUAUGCUGUCCCAUCGCAAAGUUAUUUUUUAAAAUGCACAUUAAGGUGUUUCCAUUGUAGUUUAUUGCAUGUUUUUUUACAGGAUAAGAAUUUUAACCACUUAGUUAAGCACAUAUGUUUUUUUACGUGCAUUUGUAGAAUUUAUGCACAUCUUGGCGUUUCCAUCCAGCGUUCUUUUUUUUUGUUUGUUUGUUUUUUUAAUGCAGUAUAACAAAAUGUGCAUAAAAAUAGGUAGAUGGAAACACUGAGUUUUUAGCUUCUAGAGAUUAGUGGUUCUUUGAUCUAAAUUAUUUGUUUGGCAAUAUUUAAUGCUAGAUCAGUACAAUGAAUGUUUUUCGUUCUCAUUAGUAAGUUCGCUCGUGAUCAUAUGCAGGGGGGGCCUGUCGAGUCAAUGCCCCCCGUGGCGACGGGCCUGUUUCUAUUCAUCAAAGAAACCUGAAAAAAAGUUCUACUCGGCUGUUUUCAACAUAAUAAUAAUAAAUGUUUUAUGAACAGGAAAUCAGAAUAUAAGAAUGAUUUCUGCAGGAUCAUGUGACUGGAGUAAUGAUGCUAAAAAUUCAGCAUCACAGGAAUAAAUUACAUUUUGAAAUGUAUUCAAAUAGAAAACUUUUUUAAAAAAUAAUACAAAUAUUUUACAUUUUUACUGUUUUUGCUGUACUUUGGAUCAAAUAAAUGCAGGUUUGGUGAGCAGAAGAGACUUCUUUAAAAAACAUUUAAAAACUUUUGACUGGUAGUGUACAUAAGAACAGAUUUCCCAAAUAUUCACUUUGUAUUUCAUGAAUAAAUCCUGUUUAUUCCCCCUUUUUGCUUAUGUCAUCAUCCAAUAUUGAUAAACAACCAAACAGUUUUAAGCAGGGAUAUAUUAUGCUAAUGAAUUAGAAUGUUGUGAAAUUUGAUUGGCUCCCGCUUACGUGGAAGAAUGACAUCAUCCAUAGUGUUGUGCACCUCAGACUCUUUAUCAUUUCAAAUGGAUUUUCUGUUUUUCAAUUCUUAUUAUGGGGACAAAAUGACUGUACUCUUCGCCUACCGUAAGAAGGACUUGUUUUUAGUUUGACGGUACUAUGAACAUUGGCAUCAACCUUUGAACUUCCGGUUGUUUCGUUUCAAGAUCCGUCCGCCCCUUUGCCCGUUUCCUCAGGCAUGGAUACGCCGUCACCCUGUUGACAACUGAAUGUUGAUUCCUGCUCGUGAAGAUGUUUUCCCAGAAUCCCCCAAGGUAUUCAAGGACAUCGCUGGGGCGGCUAGCCGGUAACUAACGGUACGUUUAAAGAUGCACGGAUUCCCGUGUGUCUCUUGCGGCAGUCGUCUGCGUCUCAUAGGUCGCUGCAAAUCGAGCUCCACACGCACUGCUGAGAGCAUGUGAUGCAUCACGCUGUCACCGUGGAAGCACACGCCUGGGAAAACCGUCUCUACACGCUCACUGUGAUAAAUAGUCACGUUCUCCUGGAUAUACGAGUACACUGUUAAUACUCUCACCCCAAACCAGCAGAAGUGCGCACCUACAACACAUAUCAACUUCCUUUUUACUCUGCCUCAAGUGUGACUGACUCUGAAGGGCCCUUGAUUUAUUUGUUUAUCUAUCUGUUUGGCAUGCAUAUUUUUUUUUUUUUCCCACAGGAUGAGGAAAGGAGAUGGGAAAUGAAUGCAUUGGUGCUGCACUAGCUCUUGCUGGCUGUUGGACUGCAUGCAAUUACCAACAUACUUCCUGAACAUACUUGCGUUUCACGGCAACUGCUUUCAUGGACCGAAAAUGUUUGGGAACACUAGUUUUAAACCGUAUAUUGGUUUUAUUUUAUUCGUACAGCAUAUAUGCAUUCCAAAGCCUUCGUUUGGGACCAUUAAUGAUUGUGUUUGCCUAUUUAUUGUUUUUGUUACCCUGUUUCAAUACCCACAGUAUUCAUAUUUGAUUUAUGUGGUUUAAUUGUGUAAUAAAUGCAAGAGAAAUUUGA